UGUCUCCGCCUCCUCGUUCUCCCAGCAGCUGGACUCACCUGCCAGGUUACCUUUACUUCCCCCGGGAGAAACAACUAAAGUGAGCUCGGUACUUAUUUCCAACAAAACCCAGGAUUGUGUCGAUGAUGUGACCGGAGUGAAAGCAGAAAUCAAUCAAAAAUGACCAUAGGAAGCUUGAAGAAGCUAUGCUAACAGUUAGUGUGAACAAGUAUUGACUGAAAAGAGAGAAAAUUAAGAUAAGAAGCUUGAAAAAAUGUCUGGCCAAGUUAGUGUAGUCACAGACUUAACCGAGGAGGAUGCACUUUCACCUGCAGAGCCACACAUAGCAGGAAAUAAAAAGCCAGAAGAGAGCAAGAACAAAGAGGAAAGCGAGGAGAGUACAGACAAGGAAGGAGAUGACUCAAAUGAGGAAGAGGAGGAGGAGGAAGUGACCAGCUCUGCUCAUCUGGAGCCAAGCACUCUGCCCUGGCCUGGAGACAAAGACGGGCCUCAGACGGACAACGACGAUGGAGUUUGGUCCGAAGAGAGAGACACGGGGUUCAGUGGGGGGAGCCAGGACCUGUCGGAGGAGCACAGAGACAUGAAGAGCAGCAUGAAGAGCAAGUGGAGGGAGAGCAUGCCUGAAGGAGAGAAGUGGAGGGACGACGAGCUGGAGGUGCAGCGUGAUGAUAAAGGGGAAGGCUCCCUGGCAGACGAUGAAGAUGAGGAGGAGGAAGAAGCGGAGUCAAACUGGAGGUCAGAUAAAGCAGCUAUGGGUUUUUCUCCACAAGUCACCAUCGUGCGUCCGUCCAGCAAAGAGCUUCUUGAGGAGAGCCGGAUGUUCAUAGAGGACGACGAGAAGGAGCUGCAGGCGGAGCACGACGCAGCCAAUCGGUUUCAUCCAGAGUGGAGAGAGCCGGACGACAAGUUCUACCUGUGUGAGUCUCUCUGCAGUGAGAAGCUGAAGCUGGUUCUGGGGACGGCCGCUGCAGCGCUGCUCUUCCCUCUGCUGGUGUGGGGGGGGUACGCCCUCAUUCCCUUUGAGUCCCCACUGCUGCAGAGCACCCCCCUCAGGGUGGUGUACACUCUGCGCUGCGCCUUCUUCGCCAUCAUCCCCAUCAUGCUCGGUGUGCUGGUGCAGGGCGUGGCCCGGCUGCGCUACAGCGCCCUGAAGCCCCUCUACGAGAGCGCCCUGGUGAACAGAGAGGUGGCCGUACACUGGCACUAUGUCAACGAAUCGCUGGCUCUCUUCCUCUUUUAUUUCCUGCAGCUCGCUGUCAUGGCAACCUACAUCAGCCAGGACCUGGUCAAACUGGUGCCGCUGCUCACCAUCAUAUUUGUCUUCGGCAGUAUUUUCACUAAGAGAUGUGAGGUUGUGACGACCGGAGGCUCUGAAAAUGUUCUGGCAAAAUCUAAAACAUAUUGAGAGGACAUUUGAACC